AUGCACAUUUCACAUUAUACUGGGAGCAGUCGAGACCGCGAGCCCUUCUACUCUAAUUACCACGCAAGCCCUAUCCAACGUCCGGUGCUCUUGGGCAGACUGAACGGCCUCAAUGACAUGCUGCCAGGAAUCUUAAACCAGCGUCUGCAGGUGCAAAUGUUUACAUAUUGCCAGUAUUCUCACGAACGCUGUUCUCAAAGUAUCGCUGGUCUUCGCCGUCUGGCUCGGGAGUGCCACGACAGCCGCGAUCUGGCCACAGGGUUGGCAAAAGGGUGUUGCAGUCGAGUGCGAACUCGGAUUCAAACUCAGACACCGAUGUCUAUCAGUCCACGCAACAAGAGC